UUGAGCUUUAUACGAAAGCUGUUGUACUACUACAUGCCUCUGCCAACAGUGUUACGGUGAAAAAUGCGUUUGACCAUUUGAAUGCGGAGGUUUCCGAAGUCCGGGCGCCACUCGUGUGCACGCCGUGCCGUGACUCAGCUUGCUGUUGAACUCGACCCGGACUGUUGCUCGUGCCGUACGUUCGCUACCAUAGAAACAACGCUCGACACGGUACUGACUCGAAGCACUGACAACAUGUCGCUAGGAGGACUCGAUGCGGAUGUUUGCCACCACAUCCUGCGUGAGCUCUCUGAGAAAGACUUGUGGUCGAUUCUACAUACCUGUCGAUGGCUCCGAGAGGCAUGCAUGCCCCUUCUCUUCCGGACCGUCUCACACACGAUCCGCGGCCCUUGGGCCUUUACAAUGCAUGAGAGGUUCUUGGUUGCAUCGUGCAAACCUUACGUCCAAACACUGAUCCUUCAUGACAAGUGUCCGGAUCAGCGCACGGAAGAGGAGAUGACGCACCCUUAUGGCAUGCCACUCUACUACACGAAGGACCGUACGGUCUGUGGCGCUUGGCCAGGUGGUCCCGUCGCGGAGCGGCUACGAGAGCUACCUGCUCUACGAUCGCUCACGAUAUAACAUCUUUCUGUGAUACAGAGGGGGCUCGCUACAAUGCAACGGCGGCAAUCUAG